AUGUUAGGAGAGUCGUCGAGGUAUAUGCCUGAAUUCUGCGUAUUUUCAUCUGAGACUUUUGAUAUCAUACAGGAGGCAAACUACUACAAUGAGAUCUACAAAGACAUAAGUGUACAAUUGGAUGAGAGCCUUUUUGAAAUCAAUGGACCAUUCAUGAUGGAAAGUCAAUUCAAUGCCAUGAAGAAGCUGGAUCGAAGAGUGCGCAAGCGAAAGUGUCAAUCGUUGCAGAAUGAAAAGGAUGUUGAAGAGAUCAACACGAUCAGCAAAUUAUCGACCAGCAUCCGUGACGAGGGAUUUCGUAUCGCAUUUUUUAGCAGACAACUCAUUAAAGACAACAAUCGUCAUGCGAGGGAAAAGGCCCGUGAGGUCGUCAAUGGCAGCAUAAAUAUGUAUCGUCCAGCAGCAAUCGUUUCAACAGAGAUUAUCAGUCUGAGCGAAAAUAGGCAAACGAGAUGGAUUAUGGAUGAAGCAUGA